ACAAGCAGCAAGGGUUUCUCGGGGUUUAAAAGAUGCCGUGCUUGAAUCUUUCCACCAACGUCAACCUGGAUGGCGUGGAUACCGUCUCAAUCAUGUCCGAGGUCACCUCCACCGUCGCUAAAAUCAUGGGCAAACCGGAGUCUUAUGUGAUGGUUUUGUUGAAGGGAUCAGUUCCCAUAUCAUAUGGUGGAACUGUGGAGCCAGCAGCCUAUGGUGAGUUGUCAUCCAUUGGCGGCCUUAACCCUGAUGUGAACAGGAAGUGAGCGCCGGAAUUGCUGCAAUUCUAGAAAGCAAACUUUCAGUAGCCAAGUCACGAUUCUUCCUCAAGUUCAAUGAUUCCAAGGUUUCUGAUUUUGGAUGGAAUGGAACUACAUUCUAAUUAAUUAAGUCCACCUUCAUCUCUAGACAAAAGUUUAAAUGCUAUUUUGAUUAUUAUACCUGGAUAUGAUGAUGGAUUAAGAUCAAUAAAAUAAAUUUGUAAUA